UCCAUAAUAAAACGGAAGUUUCAUGCUUUGACAUACAAGAACAUGGCGAUGAAUUAAAUAAGUAGCGACAAAGCGUCACCAAAACUGAUCUCCUUCAGCAACAAAUCUUAGACCAAACUUACCGCCGUUAAUAACUAUUCGCCACCGAAGCUUUGCCCAUAUCAUAUUCCUUUCGCAUUGCUCCAAUUUGUCAAUGCACACAUAAGACAAUCUCUCACUAUAUAUCAAAAAUUCAAAGUUUUGAACUCAUAAAAACUGACCCUUAUUUUAAAAGUUCAUUUCAAAAAUAACCUUCCAUCACCCAAUGGAGAAAUCUCAAGAAAUUGCAGUAACCCAGUUGAGAAAAUCAAUUGAAACACUCAGUUCUUCUUCCACUGAGAAAUAUGGGGAUGAAACUUUGAUGAGAUUCUUGAUUGCAAGAUCAAUGGACCCAGAAAAAGCUGCAAAAAUGUUUGUUCACUGGCAAAAAUGGAGGGUGUCAUUUGUUCCAAAUGGGUUUAUUUCAGAGUCUGAAAUUGAAGAUGAACUUGGAUCCAGAAAGGCUUUUUUGCAAGGUUUUUCUGUUGAGGGGUUUCCAGUUUUUAUUAUUAAGUUGAAGUUGCAUAUUCCUUCCAAAGAUCAUCUUCAAUUCAAGAAGUACGUGGUUCAUCUGCUAGACAAAAUAAUUGCAAGCUCAUUCAAAGGAAGAGAAAUAGGAAAUGAGAAGCUGAUUGCCAUUGUUGAUUUGCAGCAUAUUUCAUAUAAGAACAUUGACACUCGUGGCUUUAUUGCUGGAUUUCAAUGUUUACAGGCUUAUUAUCCGGAACGUUUGGCAAAGCUUUAUUUCUUACACAUGCCUCGAUUCUUCGUCGGUGUAUGGAAAAUGAUUUCUCGUUUCCUUGAGAAGGCGACACUAGAAAAGAUUAUGAUCGUCCAUAACGAAGAAGAUAGAAAAAAUCUAACAAAAGAGAUUGGCGAAGAGAUCUUACCGGAGGAGUACGGUGGUCGAGGAAAACUGGUAGUUUUUCAAGAUGUUAUAGUUCCUCAGAAUGAACCCAUGAUUUGUUCAAAAGGUGGGUGCUAGAGAUUUCAACUUCUUAGGGCUAAUAUUACAUAACAUAAUAAUCCCAUGGGAGCAACAUUUAUUUAUAGCUUCUUAUGAAUAGUAAUAUAUUGAUCUACUUCCAACUUUAA